UCGUCGUUGCUGUUCGGCUUCGUUGCUUCGCAGGAGAGGUAGAGAUUGCACGCGUGGCUUUGUCGGCUCCUUCGUGGCUGUUCGACUUCGCUCCUUCGACGACUUUCCCGUCCUGCUGGAUCGGAAGUUACGACAUUUUGAUCGGACGCAACAACUGGAGCUCACUGGCUCUACCUUUCGCGCGCUUCUUCGGCCAAAUCCCAUAAAUCCGCCGAACCGAGGGAUUUAGUAAAUCCGGGAUUUAAGCGGUAAAUCCUUAAAUCCAGGAUUUACCAAUUGCCGGGAUUUAACGCGCGAACAAAAACCGUUUGGCUGGAUUUAGCGUAAAUCCGACUUAAAUCCCGCUGUAAAUUUACGAUACCAAACAGCCCCUUAGCUUCUCCGUUUCCCGCCAAUCGGCUGCUCGAGGGUUGGUCGAAAUGGCGUCAGAGAAAGCCCUAGAUUGUCUCCGGCGGAGGCUAUGCGACUCUUCUUUUGUAUAUUCCGCCUUCAAAUCCACUCCGGCCGGAAACUACAGUAAGCUGAAGUUCCUGAUUUCUAACACCAUUACUGAGGCCUGCAACAAUUCCGUUCUCCUCCUUGGCCCACGUGGAUGCGGAAAAGGAGCGGUUGUAGAUAUGAUUCUUGAAGAAUUAAAGGAUGAGUUUCCUGAGAUAAUUUCUGUGGUAAGGUUAAAUGGCUUACUGCAUAGCGAUGAUAAUUUUGCAGUGAAGGAAAUUGCUAGGCAAUUGUGCAUGGAGCACAAGUUACUUUUCUCUAAAAUGGCAUCUUCAGAUGAUAACUCUCAGUUCAUGAUAGACAUGUUGAGGGAGUGUGGAUUAGCUCACAAGAUGAUCAUUUUUGUAUUGGAAGAGUUUGACCUUUUUACUCAGGGGAAACAACGAUUGCUAUAUAGUCUACUGGAUGCAAUGCAAACUUUGACCUCCCAAUCAGUAGUUAUUGGUAUCAGUUGUCGCUUGGAUGCAGAUCAACUUCUAGAGAAAAGGGUGAGAUCAAGAUUCUCACAUAGGAAGCUUUUGUUCACGCCACUCUCAACUGAAGAUAUGCAGAGAUUGCUGGAGCACCUGUUAUAUUUGCCAAAAAAUUUAAGUUUGCCUUCCAAAUAUGUCAAGGAAUUCAACUCAAACGUCAAUAAUAUUUUAGGCGACAAAAAGUUCAAAGAAAUUCUUGAUGUGCUAUCAUCUGUAGACAAUACCAUAAGCAAUAUUUGUAGAUUUCUAUACCAUGCCAUAAGUUGGAUGCAUUUUGAGUCAGGAUCGCUGACAUUGGAUGGCUUCAAAAAUGCACUUUCAUGUAUGCAGAGGCAACCUAUGCUCGAUAAACUGCAAGGUGCCUCCGUUUUGGAAUUCUACAUUUUGGUUUGCAUGAAUAGACUGGGGAGUAGGGAGCAGAAUUCAUUCAACUUCAAUUCCAUUAUGAAAGAGUACAAGGCCAUACAAGAUGCCUACAAGACUUCUGAUAACUAUUCAUGGAGUGUUUGUCUAAGGGCGUUUGAGCAUCUUAUAGAACGUGAAUUAAUUAGCUUUUUAGACAACAGAAUGAGAAGUCUGUCUAUUGAAUACCGUCCUGUGAGGCUUUUGCUGUCUUCGCAAGAACUGCACCAGGGACUCAAAUCAAAUUCUUUUUGCCCUGCCAUUUUGCUGAAACUUCUCAACCAUGAAAGUUACAGAUAACUUUCUGUUUUCCAUGAAGUCCAUCUCAAAUUCUCAUCUUGAAAUUAUAGGAGAGUAGAAGAUGAAGCUGGCUGCAUCGUUUUCAUUCAAAUUUUGUAGAAUUAAUGACUUAGGCGUCGUUUGGGACGACUUUUUUAUUGCU